UCUGUAUUUGUUACUGGAGGGCACACGCAAACACCGGGCCUUUCAAAACGGUUAGAAAUUUCACUUCGAUCAAUUUUACCAGCUGGAUCACCACUCCAAAUAAUUCAUGCGAAAAAUCCAGUACUUGAUGCAUGGCAUGGUGCAGCUCUUUGGGCUCGAUCAACCGAAUUUCAGAAUUAUUCUGUUACGGUAGAAGAAUAUAACGAAUGUGGAGGAGAAUACAUAAAAGAGCAUCGAUUUGGCAAUGUAUAUUAUAAAGCAUGA